AUGUCGAAUCGCUACUCCGUCUACUCGACCAUGUCGGGCGCUGCCCCCCAACAGGCCUCGCAGGUCUCAACAACCAGUCUCCUCAACGCGCUGCACUCCUUCUACGCCUCCGGUCAGCCCUGCCAGCUGGACGCGAGCACCAGUCUCGUCGUCAACACCUGGGCCACCGCCGUUCACGGCACCCCGGACGGAAUCAAUGGCGGUACCAUCGACCGGGACUUGGCCCUGAGGGCCUGGGAGCACGCUCGCAGGAGAGCAGAAGAUGGCUGUAUUGUUCUAUGUUCAACCCAUCAGUCAACCCCCUCGCUACUCGCUCCCUUCCUCGCCGCCCUGCCCUUGUCCACCCCCGGCGUCGCUUUCACCGCGCUGGCGGCCCUCCGCCCCUUUCUCACCGCGGUUACCGCGUUUAAUCCCUCCUACUCGCUCCAUUCUGCUCUGGCGGCUUCCUAUACCUUCACCUUGAAGGGCUCCCUGACCGCCCUCUCGCUCGCCCUCUCCACCUCCGGAAUCAACACCCGCAAGGGCUUCCUGGAUAUUCCCGCUGAACCGGGCUAUCGUGCCUUUGAUGUCUUCUACUACCUGCUGACCUCCGCCUCCACCCCGGCCGAGCGCGAGUUCUUGGGCCUCCACGACCUCACCGCCUACUCCUUGCUCAGCAAGUCCGGCACCUUUGACCCCCCGGCCUACCUCCCCACCACCGAUGAUGCCGCCGCCGCCGAGGACUUCCGCUCCGCCCUCAAGGCCAUCGGCAUCAAGGGAGCCGCCCAGAGAGGUCUCCUGUCCGUUCUCGCCGGUCUGCUCAAGCUGGGCAAUGCCGUCGGCUUCCUCGUCGACCAAGAGGUCCUGGAGCAGGUCUGUGAGGACGUGGGCGACCUCUUGGCCCUCGAUCCCGACGUCCUUUUGCAUAAAUGCACCACCGAUGACCGUGAGGCCCUGAUCUCCGGCAUCUAUGAGGCCCUGGUCGAUUGGGUCAUCUCCAAGGCGAACGAAGCCAUCGCCGCAGAGAUCCAGAACCGGCCAGACAGCGACUCGGCCAGCGGUGUCGGUGCUGCUGCUGGUGCUGCUGGUGGUUCGGCGGCCCUGGGACACGACGACAGUGUCAGUAUCACCGUCGUCGACAUCCCCCGGCCGGCGCUCGGCAAGGCGGUAGCCCUCCGCGGGAUUUUCGAUGAUUCCCUUGGCAUCAACGCCGAGAUGAAGGACGAUGGGGUCGAUAUCCCGGCCGUCGGCCACUCCGUCUUGAACGAAAUGACUACCGCCGUGUCUCAGGUGGAAGCCGACCUGGGCAUCAUGACCGGUCCCGCCGGUCACGAGCGGGAGCAUGACCUCGAGACCCGACAGGCCGCCCUGGAGAAGGUCGGCGUCGAGCUCGAGUCCGACGCCUUCCUCCAUCAGGUGCUCUACCCGGUUGAAACUUCAACCCAGCCCCCCCAGGGUAUCGCGGUUGGCCCCCGCGGCCGUCGGUUCGAUCUGACCACCACGCUGGAGAGCAGCCGCGUGUGGUACCACAUUUCCAUCCAUCCGACCGACGACAACCCCGCCACGCUGGCCACCUCGUCCUCGACCUCCUCCUCCUGGUCUGCCGGUGUGGUCUCCCGCCAGCUGCGGGACUGGCGGUUGCCCGAAUGGGCCAACCGCCGCCUGAAGCGACUCGAUUUCACCGCCGACUUCGAUGUCGAAGAGUUUGUCGGUCGCUACGCCCGUCUCGGCUGCGCCGACGGCAAGGAUGGCGUCGAGAGCUGGCUCCUGGAACGGGGCUGGAGCAACGGCGAAGCCGUGGUCGGCCACCAGCGCAUCUGGAUGCGGGAGAACGCCUGGUGGGAGGCCGAGACGAUGCUCGACAUGAAACCCGACGAAUCCCCCGCCAACCCGUUCCUGGGCGGGCCGGGAAACAGUGGCUUUUUCCACGAUCCGGGCCUGUCGGCCAGCCAGGCGAACCUCAUGGCCGAGUCCGCCAGUCUGCUCGGCGGGGCCCGAGAAGGCAACCUUCUCCCCGCCUCGCGACGCCAAAGCAUGCUGGCGCCCAGCGUGAUGGGCGGCGCCGCGAAGUCCGUGGCUCCAAGUCAGAUCAACACCGUCGGAGACUACGGCUUGGGUCCCAAGGGUGACUACCGCAAGGGCGACUUCGCCCUCUACGAUGGCGACAUGUCCAAGUUCACCGGGGAGCUGGACCCGGAGUUUGGGGACCCCAAGCACAUCGAAAAGAAGACCAUCCCGGCCGGUCGACGCGUGUGGGCGGGCUUCGUGUGGGCCAUCACCUUCUGGAUCCCCUCCCCCUUCCUCCGCUACAUCGGCCGCAUGAAACGGCCCGACGUGCGCAUGGCGUGGCGCGAAAAGCUGGUGCUCAUGUGUCUCAUCCUCCUGUUCAAUGCCACCGUCCUCUUCUACAUCAUCGCCUUUGGCAACCUGCUCUGCCCCAACAAGGCCCACGUGUGGAACAAGAAGCAGGUCAGCUACCACGACCUCGACGAUGACUUCUACGUCAGCAUCCACGGCAAGGUCUACGACAUCACCAAGUUCUGGCGCCUGGACCACAGCGACAACGGCGUGUCCACCACCACGACCAACAUGAAGCCCUUUGCCGGCGAGGUCCUCGACGCCUAUUUCCCCCCUCCGCUGACCCGCACGUGCGCCGCGUUCGUGACCAGCGAGGACAUCAACCUCGAGAACAACAACACCGACGCCGUCCUCUACUCCGACGCCCUGCACUCCUGCGGGCCCAUCGAGCAGCCGAGCACGACCACGGCCCUGCACAACAUCACCUGGUACGAGCAGAUCUACAUCCCCAAGAUCACCCAGUAUUACAAGGGCUACCUGGUGUGGUCCAAAGACACCAUCACCAAGCAGGCCAACGAUUACUCGCGCUACUGGGCCAUCCUCAACGACAACAUCUACGACCUCACCAACUACUUCUACACGGUGGAUCUGAUGGACGACGAGUCGGACUACGAGUUCCUCCCGACCGCGGUGUCCGACCUCUUCAAGAACUACCCGGGCACCGACAUCACCUCCAAGUGGCAGGACACGGUCAAGUUCGAGAACGCCCUGAAUUGCCUGCAGAACGUCUUCUUCGUCGGGCGCGUCGACUUCCGGGACUCGCCCCGCUGCUCGGUCAACAACUGGAUCCUGCUCACCUUCACCAUCCUCAUCUGCGCCGUCGUGCUCAUCAAGUUCCUGGCGGCCCUGCAGCUGGGCUCCAAGCGACGCCCCUCCCCGCAGGACAAGUUCGUCAUCUGCAUGGUCCCCGCGUAUACUGAGGGUGAGGACGCGCUGCGCCAGGGGCUCGAUUCCCUCACCGCGCUCGAGUACGACAACAAACGCAAGCUCAUCUGCGUCAUCUGCGACGGCAUGAUCGUCGGCGGCGGCAACGACCGCCCCACGCCCAAGAUCGUCCUCGACAUCCUCGGCGUCGACCCCAAGAUGGACCCGCCCGCGCUGCCCUUCCGAUCCAUCGGCCAGGGCAGCGAGCAGCUCAACUACGGCAAAGUCUACUCGGGUCUGUACGAGUACCAGGGCAACGUGGUCCCCUACCUGGUCAUCGUGAAAGUGGGCAAGGAAUCCGAGCAGAACAAGUCCAAGCCGGGCAACCGGGGCAAACGUGACUCGCAGAUCCUCCUGCUCCAGUUCCUCAAUCGCGUGCAUCACCGCUCGCCCAUGUCGCCGCUCGAGCUCGAGAUCUUCCACCAGGUCAACAACGUCAUCGGCGUGGACCCGGAACUCUACGAGUACUGUCUCAUGGUCGAUGCCGACACCUCCGUCAAGGAAGACGCCCUGAACCGUCUGGUGGCCGCCUGCGCCAACGACGCCAAGAUCGCCGGCAUCUGCGGCGAGACCAGCCUGCAGAACGAAGAGGGCAGCUGGUGGACCAUGAUUCAGGUCUACGAGUAUUAUAUCUCUCACCAUCUCGUCAAAGCUUUCGAAUCCCUCUUUGGCAGUGUCACCUGUCUUCCUGGAUGUUUCUGCAUGUAUCGUUUACGAACAGCCGACAAAGGUCGGCCGUUGAUUAUUUCCGACAAGAUCAUCGAGGCGUAUGCGGACAACGAUGUAGACACACUGCAUAAGAAGAACCUGUUAUCGCUCGGCGAGGAUCGAUACCUGACAACGCUGAUGACCAAGAACUUCCCCGCCAUGUCGUACAAGUUCAUUCCCGAUGCGUACGCGAGCACGGCAGCGCCAGACACCUGGAAUGUGCUUCUCUCACAGCGACGACGAUGGAUCAACUCGACCGUGCAUAACCUGGUGGAGUUGGCAUUCCUGCAAGACAUGUGCGGCUUCUGCUGCUUCAGCAUGCGGUUUGUGGUGCUGGUCGAUCUGAUGGGCACCAUCAUCCUGCCCGCCACCUGCGUAUACCUGGGAUACCUGAUCUACAUGGUGGCCACGGACCAGGGCACCACGGUGAUUAUCUCCGUGGCGAUCCUGGCAGGUGUGUACGGUCUGCAGGCGGUCAUCUUCAUCAUCAAGCGGCAGUGGCAGCAUGUCGGCUGGAUGAUCAUCUACAUCCUGGCCUUCCCCAUCUACAACUUCGUCCUGCCCCUGUACGCCUUUUGGCGGCAGGACGACUUCACCUGGGGCAGCACCCGCGUUGUCAUCGGCGAGAAGGGCGACAAGCGCGUCAUCGCCGUCGAGGACGAAGGGUUCGACCCGCGCAGCAUUCCACUGCAGCGCUGGGACGACUAUGCCUAUGCCAACAACCUUCCGGGCCGCCGUGGCGGCGACACGGCGGCGUACGGGACCAGCCAGGAGAAACUGUACGCGACGGGCUACGUCGACGAGGUCGCCGUGGAGAUGGAUGAUCUGCACUCCAACUACUCCUCGGUGCGGCCCGCGUCGACCAUUCUCACGGGAUUCCCCGGCGGCCACCAAGGCCGCCACAGCAGCCCCUACAUCCCGCCGCAGUCCCCGGCUCCCUUUGGCGGUAGCGGAGCGGGCCUGCACACGCCGGGCAACCGCAACUCGCACAUGUCCAGUCUGACGCGGUACACGGACUUCCCUGGCGGCGGUGGCAGCGGCAGCGGUGGGCAGUCCCGGCACAUGUCCAUGGGCAACCUGAGCGGGUACCAGGACAACCCGCUGGCGAGCAGCCGGCACAGCGUGGGACUCAUGCAGAGCACGGACAACCUGCUGGGCAGUGGGCUGCGGCAGUCGUCGCGCAGUCCGCGCGGGUCGCAGCAGCCGUACUCGCGGCCGGCCAGCACGGCGUUUGAUUUCCGCGGCGGAGCGGACGAGAUGGCCAUCACGGAGGCGAUCCGAGGGUGUUUGGCCGAGGUGGAUCUGGACACGGUAACCAAGAAGCAGGUUCGCGCCCUCGUGGAACAGCGCCUGCAGACGACUCUCACGGGGGAGAAGAGGGUCUUCCUGGACCGGCAGAUUGACACGGAGCUGGCCAAUAUGUAA